UUCAUGGGUUAGCUUGCUAAUAGGCUCUAGUGCAUCUCAUUUAUUCAUAUCUACCAUGCUUGCCAUGACAUUGGGGUUGGACAUAGAUCGAUUAGAUCCAACAUUACAUGUUGACACCCUAGUUGGGGGUAGUGUGAUAUUGACUAGGAUUUGUAGAGAUUGCCUAAUAGAGGAGGUGGAGGUUCCAGCUCCUGUUGUUCUUGGAGUGGAGGAGUCCCCUAUUGGUGAUGGGGCUUCUAGGCAAGUUUCUUCGGCAGUAGAGGUGGGAAACUCUAAGACUGUUCCGCCCCCAGCUGAAGUUGAAGUUCUUGCUCCUGUCCUUAUUGAGGCUCCUCUUGACCUCCCUCCAACUACUUCUUCUGUCCCUGAGUUGCCUAAAGCUUCUCCUGACCUUCCUGCUAUUCCUUUUGAGUGCUUGAAGCCACUGUUGGACCAUCUGCAUAGAUUUAGGGCUUCUGCAAUUAUUGCAAUAGUUUUCUGA